GGCCAAAGGAGGAGUAAACGCUCCUGUCGGCGCUGACCAGGCUGAAGGAGAGCAGCCCAAUUUUCGCAGGUACAUGUGACAGUGUUGCAGCUAUGAGUGGAAUUUUAAAGAGGAAGUUUGAAGAAGUUGAGGACGCCUCAUCCUGCUCCUCGGUGUGGGAAUCAGAUGAUGAAGUUUCUAGCUGUGACGGAACAGGCAGUGGCGAAAGCGUACGUCCACCCACUUUUAAGCAUUUUACCCGAAAAAUUAAGGAAAUAUCCACAGAUUGAAAACAUGGUUUUAGCAGCUUGAAAAUCUGCUGGGAAAAACUGGAGUUUGUGAAAAGUGUAAGGUACAUGUGACAGUGUUGCAGCUAUGAGUGGAAUUUUAAAGAGGAAGUUUGAAGAAGUUGACGGCGCCUCACCCUGUUCCUCCGUGCGGGAAUCAGACGAUGAAGUUUCUAGCAGUGAAAGUGCUGACAGUGGCGAUAGUGUCAACCCAUCCACUUCCAAUCAUUUCACCCCAUCGUCAAUCUUGAAAAGGGAGAAGCGCCUGAGGACGAAGAAUGUUCGCUUCAGUUGUGUUACCGUGUAUUACUUCACCAGGAGGCAAGGCUUCACCAGUGUGCCCAGCCAAGGAGGAAGCACUCUGGGCAUGUCCAGUCGCCAUAACAGUGUACGCCAGUACACCCUCGGUGAAUUCGCCACGGAACAGGAGAGGCUCCACAGAGAGAUGUUGAGAGAGCACCUUAGGGAAGAAAAACUGAACUCUUUAAAAUUGAAGAUGACGAAAAGCGGCACGGUGGAAUCUGAGGAAGCCAACACUCUCACGCUGGAUGACAUUUCUGAUGAUGAUAUUGAUUUAGACAAUACAGAGGUGGAUGAGUACUUUUUCCUCCAGCCUCUGCCAACGAAGAAACGGAGGGCCCUGCUGCGAGCCUCUGGCGUGAAAAAGAUUGACGUGGAAGAAAAACACGAGCUGCGGGCCAUCCGUCUCUCGAGGGAGGAUUGCGGCUGCGAUUGCCGGGUGUUCUGUGACCCGGAAGCCUGCACUUGCAGUCUUGCGGGCAUCAAGUGCCAGGUGGAUCGUAUGUCCUUUCCCUGUGGUUGCACUAAAGAAGGGUGUAGUAAUACAGCAGGUAGAAUUGAAUUCAAUCCCAUCCGGGUCCGGACUCACUUUUUGCACACGAUAAUGAAGCUUGAACUGGAAAAGAACCGAGAGCAGCAGGUUCCGGCCCUAAAUGGCUGUCACAGUGAGCUGAGCGCUCCCAGCAAUGCCAUGGUUCCAGCCGCACACCCCGUAGAGUAUUCUAUCGCCGAGAACUUUGAGAUCGAAACAGAGCCGCAGGCUGCGGUGAUACGUUUGCCAUCUGCUGAGGAACUGGACUGCCCAGGUGAGGAAGAAGAUGAGGAGGAAGACGGGAGCAGCUUCUGUAGCGGCGUGACGGAUUCCAGCACCCAGAGUUUGGCCCCCAGUGAGUCGGAUGAUGAUGAGGAAGAGGAAGAGGAGGACGAGGAAGACGAGGAGGACGAAAAAGGUGACGAUUUUGUGGAAACGCUGGACGCCCACGCUGAGGUUGUGCCCCUUUCUUCGGUCCUUUGCUAUUCUGACGGCACCGCGGUGCAUGAAAACCACUCUAAAAACACCCCGUUUUACACUAACUCUUCGACUCUGUAUUACCAAAUAGACAACCAUACCCCCGGCACUCCAAACCAGAUUCCUGAGAGCUAUUCUGAAAGGGACACGGUUAAAAAUGGUGCCCUGUCUCUGGUGCCUUAUAACAUGACAUCAGAGCAGUAUGUCGACUACUCGCGGCCAACGGAAGAAAGUUACGGGGGCUCCCAUUACCCGGCAGCCAACCCCUCGGUGAUCGUGUGCUGCUCCUCGUCAGAAAGCGAUAACGGCGUUCCAUGUACUAGCCUCUAUCCCGACCCCCGGGCAAGUCAUCCCCACGUGGAAUUCCACUCUUACUUGAAAGGCUCGGCCCAGGAGGGGUUCGUCUCCACUCUGAACGGUGACAGCCACGUUCCCGACCACCCUGACGAGAAUCCAUUAAGCCUUCCCGAAAAGAGCAGACUGCAUGAGGAAUGCAUCAAAUCUCCAGUGGUGGAGACAGUCCCCGUGUAGCGGGCCGAGUUAUCAUCGAAGCAAGCUCCCAAUUCCAAUGCGCCGUAUCUCGUGCAUUGGAUCGUAGACUCAUCGUUGUUUAAGCUGGGAACUGAGAAAACUUAGACUGCAGGCAAAGUUCAAGACAAUUUUGGUUUUCCUUUUUAGCUACGCAAACGUGGCAUUGCACAAAGACGGUCCCUGUUACGAUUUUAAAACAAAUCGAACUGUUUUGAUAAAAAAAAAACCCGCUAAAUUAAAAAAAAAAAACCAAACAUCCUUCACAGCCGCCUACCUGUCAAACCAUGUGAAAACUGCCACGCGGUGUAGAUCGAAGUUCCAAGUCUUUGAUUGUCGGGCUCGUGCAACAUUGUUACCUGAUACUUGGAAAUGAAAUGGUUUUUGAAUCGUAAUGUUCAGCAUAUUUGAAGAUUAUGGUAACUUUUUAAAUGUAAAAGUAAUUAUUGUAAGAAAAAGGUUUAAUUGUUCCGUAUGUAUUUUAUUUAUGGUAGUUUAGGAAUCAUGUUUUGGUGAAAAUGGACGGCAUGUUCAUUGAUGCUGCGGAUCUAUCGUUCGAGCCCUAGAGCAUGGCCACGCUAAUCACACCUGGACCUCCCUAUGCCUUUUUGGCUCUUUCUCUUAACCUGACCUUCAGACACUUCCCUUAGGGUGAACUAGGCCCUAUUUUUACCACUUUGUACAAGUAAAGGAACCUCUCUGUGCCGACCUAUAUGCUUUUUGUCUAAGGAGGGAGGGAGGACGAUCGGCUCAGAGGGUCGGAGCUGUGCCUUCCCCUGGUUAGUGCCCCAGGAAGAAGUAGAAGGAAUCGCCACUUUUUAAAACAGCAUCUGGACUCUUAGCCUGUUCAGCACCUUUGGCCCCAUGCCUGGCGUCCACAUGCACUUUAGUGCCCCUUUGCAGAGCCUUACGAGGUGGAGUGAUUGAACUGUUGAGGGAGAGGAAGGAGAGCCGGAACUGUGGUGGUGUUCACGUUGUCUCAAAGGAGUCUUAAAAAAAUUGUGAAGGGGCCAGUCAAGCCUUUGCUCAUCCAGGUGGGGACUUGUAUCAGUUCUCAGUAGGAACCAAGCCACACUGUUGCCAGUUUAGAGGAAGUGUGAAACCAAUGUACACUCCGCAACAAAAUUUAUCUUGGAACGCACCGACCUUUAUGAAGUAAUCAAUCUGUCAGUGGUAUUUGCUGAGUGCUUACUGUCAGCAGAGCAUGGUACUAAAUGCUUGGUAGACUACAGUACAAUAGAGUUGGUAGAUAGGAUCACUGCCCACAAGGACCUUGCAGUCUAGAUGGGGUGAGAAAUAAAUGAACAAAUAACUUCAGUUUUGUAAUCAGACUAAAGGCCAUUGCCCAAAUAUUAAGCUAGGCUUACAUUUCUGAAGCAUUUUAAUUUCUCUUGCCGGUGACAAUUAGCAGGAAAAUCCAGAAUGCAUUCUAUGCAUAUCCCAUUACCUCAUGUCUCCUUAACUUUUUUGAAGGGCAGGUAGAAAUACACCACACACUCCUACUCUUGGGGUGUUGCCGUUGGUUUGCUGGAGAAGGACUUUUGGAAUCCCAACUUUCCGUAAAUUGACCUAUGAGAUAGUGUGUGCUACUUUUCUUUAAAUGCAAUAUGACACUUGCUAAUUUAUUUCAGUAUUUUGACCUUCUAGGUAUGUGAAGAAUCACAUAUUCCGUGUCUGUAUGAGAUGUAGACUCUUCUUGAUGUUCAUAAUACCGCAUUGCUUCUUAAUUUUUAUGUCUGUCAGACUUGGUUGGGCGUUUAAGGUUCUGAAGUAAGCAUUUUGUAGAUUUCAGUUCUGAAAAGCGAUUCUUUCAUUCACUAGUUCUUGAGUGUACUUGAAUGAUGUCCACGAUGCCAGUAGAAACACCGUCCUAAAAAGGCGCAUGUUGGAGUAGGGGCAGAAUUAACCUGACAUUGCUUCCAAGCUUAACCUGAUUCGUUAAUUAUAAUUUUUUAAAUCCACUGGGUCAAAAUGAUUUUUUUUUUCACUGUAGUUGAGUCAGAUUAGGGUUUUAAGUUUUCCAAAUGCAAGGCUACAAAUAUGUUCUGUGGUUUUCCAUAGUCACGGUGACCCUAACCUAUCAAGGGUCCACCCUUUGCACCCCUGCAUGAGUAGUUGUAUCAUAUCCAGACCUUUCCCCUUAGCAAUCAGUCACCUCCCUUUCUUUGGAUGGGAACAGGCUUAAAGAGAAGACGACAAAAGGCAUAUGGGUUACUGUUGUGAGGAGUUUUCAUACUUCCCUUCCUUUCCAGAAGGGUUGGAGGAACUCAAAACUUCCACCAAAUAAUAAAAAUAAUAAUUAUGGUAUUUGUUAAGCACUUACUAUGUGCCGAGCACUGUUCUAAGAGCUGGGGUAGGUAAUCAGGUUGUCCCACGUGGGGCUCACAGUCUACUAACUUAAUUUGCUUUCAUGAGUAACCCUCCUAAUCAGCAGCAAGAGCCCAUUCGAUACAUCCUACAGCUCUCCAACAAGGGAAGGUAGUCUUGUCUGUAAAAUGAGGCCAGCUGGAGGCAGCUGUAAAAAGAGUGGCAUGUGCCUCUAAUGUGAAAAUACUACAAUCUAACACAUUCUUGUUGCUGACAUUGGCCUGCUCUGAGUCCUCACCAAAUUCUAGAUGCCACAAGAACACUAAUUUGUCUGCUCAUUGUCAAAGGCAAAGUGGCUUGUUCCAGACCAUUGUGUGUCCCAGUCAACUCUACUCUUCAUAGCUGCCUACUUCUUGGCCAAAUGAGGGAUGGAUUCAUUCCCAGGGGAUGGAGGAAUCUGCUUCCUCCUCCUCUGAGUUUCUUUAGGAGAAAAAGGUCAAUGGCCAAAGCUUGUGGGAAUUUUUUCAUAUCUUGACUGCCUAAUAGGAAGACUGAAGGAAAAACAACACCCCCUCAUCCUGAUCAGUUGAUCAGCGCAAGAGGUGAUAGUCUUCCUCCCGUCAAGAAGGACAGCCAACUAUGCUUAGAAGGCAAAAGUAGUCUCUGAGAAUUUCAGCCUUAGAAAGUUUGGAAGAUCAAGUAUCUUUAGAUGGUCUAAAAUGGCCCAUCUUCCUCCUUGGCUGAGGCUCUACCUUUCACUGACCAAGUAAGCCCUCAUUAAUAGUAUUUCCAGGUGCUGAAGGGAUCGUGGCUUGUUUUAUUAAAUCCUCCCCUCAGUCACGGAUGACUCUUUCGAGAAAUUCAGGUUUAUUGGAAAGUAGGCUGAAGUCCAGGAUCAUUUGAUUGUCCUAUGAUGGAGAUAUUCAAAUCGGUCAGGAGGACUGAGAGGCCAUACCAAGUUUAUAGGCACGGUGGUCGAGAUUUCAUACUGAUGAAAUUGAUGAAAGGAUGAAAUUGCAAAUUAGUUGGAAUUCGUCAGAACCAGGAAGUACAGUAAGCAAAAUCUGUUUUCCCAUUAAAAAUGUACAUCAUUGUAUAGAAAUUAAUGCUAUUUAGAAUCAUUCUAAUUGGAAUUCAUUUCAAUUCUUUGUGCGCAGAUGCCAAUCUAAGGGUCACCGAACAAAAGGCAGCGCAAGGAUGCGGAUGUACUGAAGCUCACUAUUGCUCCUCUGAUCAUUCAAAUCUGGUUUGGGUGGGAGCUUUGGGUUAGAAUGACAUCCUGAAAGAUCAGGUGCUUUAUUUGGAAUUGCUUUUAAAAAGUUAGUUCUGCAUGUGUGAGACCAGAAUAAGAUGGGGAGACUGUGGCAGAUUAAAAAUCAGUUAUAAGCAAUGCAGGAGGGAAAUACAUCUGCUUGGCACGGGGCUCUUUCCUGAUAUAGAAUAGAUUGUCAGUUGAUCAAAAGCUUUUCUUCCAUCAACUUGGCUGGCAUGGGGAGGACCUCUGCAUCAUUAGAGUCAUCUUGAAACCCACAGUACUACUAUAUAAACUUUGGGAAAUACAUCUGCUUGGCAUGGGGAUCUUUCCUGAUAUAGAACACAUUGUCAGUUGAUCAAAAGCUUUUCUUCCAUCAACUUGGCUGGCAUGGGGAGGACCUCUGCAUCAUUAGAGUCAUCUUGAAACCCGAAGUACCACUAUAUAAACUUUGGCACACCUCUUCCAAGGUGUCUGUUUCUGAGGAGCGCUGACUCUUGCUGGAAACCUGCAGCAGCAUUCCAACAGCUCUCUGAAACAAUAGCUUCGGGCCCCGUUGCUCUGAUUUAGAGCCCGCUGUUGAUCAAGCGCCUAUUAUAAAAUACAGAUUUGAUUCCAAGUCUCCAGUCCCAAAGGCUUCUUUGCAUGGAUUCCACCAGAGGAUAAAAGCGGAAUCCAUCUCCCCACUUUAGUCUUGUCACAAAACCCACCGAACGAGACAAUACAAGAUGGGAGAAGCCCAGCUGCAGAUAUGGGAACUUACUCUGUCCCAGUAGAAUUUUACCUUUUAGAACUAAUUCUAGGAAAGAUGGUUGUCCGUGACUCUCAAAAGAUGGUAUCGUGCCACUGAUAAUCUAAGAUACUCCUGGUUUACUUAACCACUGAAAUGUUUGUAGAUACUGAACAGAACUUAAUCUUACAGGGCUGGCGUGUCUACUCUGGCAAAGCUAUCUAAUCAGCAGAGUUUGGAAUCUAGUGUUAUACUCCAAUUCAGAAAAAUACAAGCCCUGAUCAUGUCAUAUGCUUCUACACCCAUGCGAGGUUCAAUUUGACCAUGGGAUUUGACUCUAGCACAUUUUUAUUUUAUUAUUUUUA